AUGUUAAAUAUUUCUAAUAUUUCAUUAUCGAAACAACUUGAAUCAUGUCAUAUAUUACGACCAAUUGGUUAUUAUUUUAUUUUUCUUUGGAUAAUUGGUACUUUCUUAAAUGGUUUAGUACUUUAUAUAUUAAUACGAAAUAAAAAAUUACGCCAAUCAUCGACAAAUAUUUUUAUUGGUGGUUUAUUAUUAGCAGAUUUUAUUGGAUCCUGUUUUGAAUUACCAUUACCAGCUUUUUCACUUAUUUUUUGCAGAUGGAUAUUUACAUAUACAGGUUGUGUUUAUGAAGCUAUUAUUACUUAUUUUACUGGUUGUUCUAAUAUGUAUAUACUUUGUUUGAUGUCAAUUGACAGACACAAUAUAAUAAUUCAUUCUUUUUCAAAACGAAUCAAAAAUAUUAAACGACCAUAUGUAUUGAUUUGUUGUGCUUAUUUAUUAGCAUUAUUCUGGACAUUAAUGCCAUUAUUUGGAUGGUCUACUUAUGAUUAUGAGGGUUUGGGAAUGUCAUGUAGUAUUCAAUGGGCAGGAAGAUCAUUUAAUAUAAUUAGUUAUAAUAUAACUAUUUUUAUUUUUGUUUAUUUUAUACCGAUGAUAAUAAUAUUCAUAACAAAUAUAAAAGUUUAUACUUCGAUUCGUAAUCGUUGGCGUUGUAAUACAACAAAUCGUGAUUCAUCACGUGUUCGACUUCAGCAUCAAAUUGAACGUCGUGUUGCAUUUACUAUUAGUUUUAUUAUCGGUGGAUUUUUUAUGGCUUGGACACCAUAUGCAAUAUUUGUGUUAAUACGAAUAUUUAUGAAUGGAAAUUAUUUUCCACCUAUCAUGGAUACAAUACCAGCUUUAUUUGCUAAAACAAGUUUAAUGUAUGCUAUUUAA